AUGACCAAAGACAAACCUGCCCUUCUGUUGUCGGCAAAGGCCAUUGACCCUGCGCUGGACGCUCUGUUCUCCCAGAGUGCCGGCCCAGUACAACCUCCUCCCAAAACCCGAUACGCCGAGCUUGCUCGCAAAGCUAGGCAAGAGUCAGAAGAGAAGGAGGAAGAGAAGGAGCUGGAAGAUGUCGAAUCCGAGGAAGAGGAAGACGCGUCUGAGAAUGGCGAAGAAUCUUCUGAGGUAGGCUCUGGAGAUGAGGAAGAGUCCGAGGUGUCAGAAGGAGAAUCUGACGAAGAGGACGUUGAGGAUGAGGGCGAGAACGAAUCUGAGCCCGAAUCCGAGGCCGACAAUGACGAUGCUAGUGAGAGUGCGAGCGCCGAGGAGGAGCUCGUUACCCCCAAGGCCAUCGAAGAGGCUGUCCUGAACGGAACAACAAAAGAAGAAGGGCGCAAGAGGAAACGGAAGCUUCGCGACGAGGACGAGAACCUCGAGGCGGCCUACCUUGAGCGUCUUGCUAGAGAGGAGAAGGAGGAGGAAGAGAGAUCUGCGAAGCGCCAGAAGGCCGUGGAUGGUGCGAGCCUCCCCAAGGAGAUUGACGAGAAGAAGGCCGACGGUGAAGCCGACGACAAGUCCUCGAGCGGCGAGAUCCCCGUCCACGAAGCCCUUCAGCCCGGUGGCACAAGCGAGAUCCAGUCUGAGCUCGACAAGGCCAACCGCACGGUCUUCCUCAGCAAUGUCUCUGUUGAGGCCAUCAAGGACCGGAAGGCGAAGAAGAUCCUCCUCAAGCAUCUCGCCUCUCCCCUAGACAAGAAAGCCGACCCCCCGCAAAAGAUCGAGUCCAUCCGGUUCAGGUCCACACCCUUCGGAACGACCAAGAUCCCCCGGAGGGUGGCUUACAUCAAGAAGGAGAUCAUGGAGGGCACGACGAAGUCUACCAACGCCUACGUGGUCUACUCCACAGCAGCCGCUGCCCGCCUGGCUGUACAGCAUCUCAACGGCACCAUCGUCCUCGACCGGCACCUACGCGCCGACAGCGUUGCACACCCCGCGCCGAUCGACAACCGCCGGUGUGUCUUCGUCGGCAACCUGGGCUUCGUCGACGACGAGAGCGUGUAUCGCACCAAGGUAGAAGACGGCAAGCUCGUAACAGAGAAGAAAAAGAAGGGUAAGGAGCCUUCAGACGUCGAGGAAGGCCUGUGGCGCGUCUUCGGCGAGCACGCCGGCAAGGUCGAGAGCGUCCGUGUCGUCCGCGACCCGGCUACCCGUGUUGGCAAGGGCUUUGCCUACGUCCAGUUCUAUGACCCCAACUCCGUCGAGUCCGCCCUCCUCCUCAACGGCAAAUCCUUCCCGCCCCUCCUCCCCCGCGAACUCCGCGUCUCCCGCUGCAAACCCCCUCACAAAACCGCCCGCGCCAUCGAAGCCAAGCAAGCCAAAGCCGCGCUCGCGGCCGCCGAGGCCAAGAGAAAGGGCAAGAAAGGCAAAGGCGACGACGAACCCCCCACCUCAGCGCAAUACAAUCCCAAGCUCAGCGCCGAAGCGCAGACCCUCGCCGGCCGCGCAUCCAAGCUGCUUGGUAAAUACAACGCCGAGAGGCUGGUCGGCGUGCCCGCGGGGAAGAAGAGCAAGAAGAAGGAGAAGAAAACAAAGAAGGCGGCGCUCGAUCCAGAGGGUGCGAAGGCUCUCGCUGCGGCAGUGGGUGUGGCGGAGGGCAAGCCGGUCAAGACGCCGGAGGAGUUCGUGUUUGAGGGGAAGAGAGCUAGUGCGAAGGAUGGGAAGCCGAGGGAUCUGAAGUUUAGGCCGAAGAAGAAGGCGAAGGAUAAGGUUCACGGAAGCAAAAAGAGUAAGAAGGAGAAGAAGAAGAAGGCGGGGAAGAAUUGA